AAUGUUGGUAGGAAUGCGUUUCUUGACAACACGACUAAAUACUGUAGUUGAAAUUGAAAGAUAGCAAUUCUAUUUAACGUUAAAGAUUAAUAGAAAUUUACUUACAAAAUGCCUGUCAGUAGCGGAGCAUCAUUCAUACUAUCAUCCAUUCUCACAGUUCUUGUGUUCUCUGGGAUGCAAAUAUACAGGAAUUGGUUGGCAUCUUCGCAACUUUACACCAUACUGGGAGGAUAUAUCGGAUCUAUAUUAUUUAUGUGCGUAUUAACUGCUAUAGGAAAUCUGGAAUCAACAAUAUUUGGAAAGUCUUUUCAACAAAAAUUAUUUCCUGAAGUUAUGUUCUCGUUGAUCGUCAGUUUAAUUGCAUCAGGACUAGUGCAUAGAGUAGCAACUACCACCUGUUUUCUGUUCUCUAUGAUUGCACUGUAUUACAUCAACCGGAUCUCUCAAGAAACCUAUGCUGUACCUGUACCUACGGUUCAAGUGCACACAAAAAAAAGAAAAUAAAUUAAUCUUAACGUAAUCUCGAUAUUAUUGUAAUUGCAAGAGACAAUUUAUAUCAAGUUUUAUAACUAUAAUUCUAUCAUUAUUCACUUACGAUUACAACUCCUUAAAAAAAUCUUACUUCUAUCUCUUAAACGUAUGUCAUGAAUAACAGAAGAAGAUAACGAAAAGUCAAAAUAUAUAUUUAUAUUGUGGAUAACUA